AUGUCUGUCUCUUUUGACCAUGCCCAGCGAAUCCCAGACUUCCUGGAGGCAGCUGCCAGGGUCAGGGACCCUAAUCUGGUGGCCUAUUGGCGUAUCAUAAUGACCAUACAAGUCAACCUGGUCAACCCAACGAACAAUGUCGUCCGCCGCUUCGCCGAGUUUACUCGUCGUCGUGCGUACGACCCCCAUUACAGCCAUUUUGCCGAGAGCGUAUACCAGUGGCUUGUCUUCCUCCACCGGGCCGGGUUGACGGCUGAAGGACUUGCCAAGAUUGGGCCAACCAAGCCCGGCUUGGUACAGAAGCUGAGGAAGACCCUCGCAUCGCAUGAACUUGGCCACUCGCGGAAGAAGACCCGUGAGCACCACCCGGCUGGCCAAGAAUACAAACGAAUCUACAUGACGGAGGCCGACUUCAUGGUCGGCGAAGGCGUGAUGGAGGUCCUGGGCUAUCCUGCCGGGCCAGUGUUGAACUCCCAGGUUGCCGACAUACCAACCAGCGAGCCUGACAAGGUUCAGUAUGUCGACCAAAUGGUCAUAGCGUUGAAGAACAUGGUCGGCAGGGACAGGGGUAUGGAGGCCCAAGUCAAGCAGGUUAUGGCUACAUCAGCCUCUGUUUUUGAGUCUCUGGCAUGGCGUCUAUUUAUCGCCUGCCGUCAAGCCCAGCUUGGGAAGCCCAAGGUCUCACCAUGGGCAACAAGCUACUACUACCGGAAGUACGACAACUUCCAAUCUCGAUGGGACGAUCUCAUCCACUUCGUCCAGACCAACAAGGCGGCGGUCUCCAACUUGUUCCUGAGCAGCUACUUUGCCAGGUUCGCGGCCGACCCCUACAAGGAACGGUCGACAAAGCAGCAGAACGCCAAGACAAAUAACGACAAGGCAGACAAGAAGAGAGCUGGCGACGAAGCCAUUGCGACCCUGGCUGGCCACCCAGUGCCACUUCAAGCCAACAUCGUUGCUGAAGGGAACGCCCAACCUCAUAUCAACGCCGGAAAUGGUGAGCAGGCCGCUCAGGACUUUUUGGCUGCUGCCGGUGCCGCUGGUGCUCAAGCUGAAGGUCGUCAGAAACCCCAGGAGCCCAUCUUCGCCCGCCCCCAGAGCAUCGAUAUGGCCAAUGACGGGUGGAUCAACUACCAGGAGAACAACUUUGAGGCCCUAUACAGGAUGCACGAGGCCCAGUUGGAGGCUUAUAACGCUGAGGUUAAAGCCUAUAACGAGCAAAAGAACGCGGCGGCAACGGAAAGCUACAGUGACUUUGAGGACGACGACGACUUACAAGACGAUAGCAACUACGCUGACGUGGAUAACAACGGCGACGCUCCUAACGGCCAAAACAAUGGAGUGGACUAUACCGAAAUCUUCGACGACAUCUACGGCGUAUCAGAUGACGAAACCCGUGAAAGGAGAAGACAAGAGGUUUCGGCUGCCCGGGCUCCUGCGGCUCUUCCCAACAUGCCCCUGAACGGUAGUGGCUCUGGUCCUACCAUGUCCGGCCUAGCAAUGCCUGUCUUCGCUGCUCGUCCGACUCGGACUCAACCGAGCCCAGCCACCCGGCCACAUGCUUCUAGUGGUCUUAAGCAGCCCACUCCUCCUGGCACCAGAAUCCAGCAAGUCGCCCAUCGCCCAUUGGCUGUCCCGGCGGCUCCCAAUAACAGCCCUCGAGAAGAAUUCCAAUCUCCCGCAAGGCCAGGUCCAAACAUCAGACGCCCGGGUCCUGACCAAGUCCGACAACCGGUCCAGUCGCAGUCCUCCGCGCCAAUGGCUCAGGUGCAGUCUCCGGCUCGACCCCUCCCCAAUGUUGUGCCAAGGCGCAUCAUCACGCCCGCUUCCGAGAGAGCCAGGCUCCUCAGGGAAAGUCAACAACCUGCGGUUACGGGUAUCACUCCUCCGGCCAUACAUAACGCGCCUCCUCAGCAGGCUGCUAAACCUCAGGCUGCCCCUGGCACACCUCAAUUACAACAUGCUCAUGACCGGGAACUUGAACAACUCAACAACCCGGAACAGCCCUUAGCGAUGCCUGUCCAGCAAGCUGCGGUUCCUGAGGUUCAUCAGCCAGGCGAAGAAGAACUGAUGGCCUUAUUUGAGCAGAUGACAAACGGCCCACCUGAAGCUCCUCAGCAAUCAGUUUUUCCGCCUGCAGAUAAUCAUGUUGACUUUGACAUGGACCAGCUGGAAGACUUGGACGUGCCGCUCGAAGGUAUCAUGACCAACGAAGAGCUCAUAGCCUAUGCUGAGACGCAAGGAUAUCGCAUUGAUAUCAAUGAUCUGGCGCAGCUGGAUGUAGCUGAAGACAACAACGCCGAAAACCAGAUCAUGGGCGCCGGAUUCAUCAACGAACAGCUUGUUGAACAUCUAGUGAAGGAGAACGCCAACAAGCUAUCGGAACAGAACAAUGACGCGGAUGGAGACCAAGAUCUCUUUAGUCAGUUCAUCAACCUGCCAGAUGAUAUCGAUAACACUGAGGAUGAUCUUUUUGCCGACGAGUACGUGAUGCACGACGCCAUUGAGGGCUUUUACAGCCAGGACGGCACCGGCAGCAUCGGCAACAAAAGGAUGAGGGAUGACAAUGGCGAGAAUGAGGGGGGCCAGCAUCCUGCGCAGCGGGCUCGCACGCAUUGA